CGGUUUAGCUCGCCUGGUGGCGGCGCGCCACGCCAUCUGGCGGCUGAGACGUACCGGCUCUCAACCCGUCGAAAAUAAUCCCACUGACACCGACUCGGACGGAGGCGGCGACGCUUGCGUGGACCCACGGGGUAUCGGCGGCGGCGGUCGUGGUGUCGGAGGCGGAGGCGGCGGAGGUGGGGUUGGGGGCGGCAGACGGGCGCCCAGCCUCCGCCUAGCGAACGGUCGCGUGGCGGCCGCCCAAUCGGAGGAGGAGAUUAGAUCGCCGGCGGCGCCGCGCCGUCUCGCCAAGGAUGACUCGAUCAAGAUCAGCAUCGAGAACACCAACACGUGCACCGACUCGCUGGUAACCGCGCUCGACGACGAGACCCUCCUGAUCGCGGACUGCCUCUCCAACGACAUGAACUACAAGGGCAGCGGCAAGGUCCACUUCGGGGUGGACGAUGUGUCGCUGUACGGCACGCCGAAGGAGGAGCCCGGGCCGACGCCUCUGGGCUCCGCCGAGGCGGGCAAGCAGAGCUUCAUCAAGAACCAGCUUCAGGCGCUGUUUCAGCCCACCGACAACAAGCUGGCCAUGAAACUGUUCGGAUCCAAGAAAGCACUGAUGAAAGAACGGAUACGACAAAAGGCUGCUGGUCACUGGGUCAUACAUCCAUGCUCCAGUUUUCGGUUUUACUGGGAUCUUUGCAUGCUGCUUCUCUUGGUGGCCAACUUGAUUAUUCUACCAGUGGCAAUAAGUUUCUUCAACGACGAUUUGAGUACCCGCUGGAUUGCCUUUAAUUGUCUGUCCGAUACGAUAUUCUUAAUCGAUAUUGUAGUAAAUUUUAGAACUGGUAUUAUGCAGCAAGAUAAUGCAGAACAAGUGAUAUUGGACCCAAAAUUAAUAGCUAAGCACUACCUGAGGACGUGGUUCUUCCUCGAUCUUAUUUCGUCCAUUCCUCUAGAUUACAUUUUUCUAAUAUUUAACCAAGAUUAUGGCGACAGCUUCCAGAUCCUCCAUGCGGGCCGCGCCCUCAGGAUCCUGCGGCUCGCCAAGCUGCUUUCCCUGGUCAGACUGCUGCGUUUGUCGCGUCUGGUGCGCUACGUCAGCCAAUGGGAGGAGGUCUAUAUCUUGCAGAAUCUCCAAAAAAAGCGAACGGAAAGAAGGGGGCGCCUAAGCUCGGACCUCAGCAAGUUUAGUACAACCAAAAGCAAUCUCAUCUUUAAGUUUCUGAAUAUGGCUAGCGUAUUCAUGAGGAUUUUCAACUUAAUCUGUAUGAUGUUGCUGAUUGGUCAUUGGUCAGGAUGUUUGCAGUUCCUGGUCCCCAUGCUGCAGGGAUUCCCAUCGAACUCUUGGGUCGCCAUCAAUGAAUUACAGGAGGCAUUCUGGCUGGAACAGUACUCGUGGGCGCUGUUCAAGGCCAUGUCGCACAUGCUGUGCAUCGGCUACGGCCGUUUCCCGCCCCAAUCGCUGACAGACAUGUGGCUGACCAUGCUGUCGAUGAUUUCGGGCGCCACAUGCUACGCCCUCUUCCUGGGCCACGCAACCAAUCUAAUCCAGAGUUUGGACUCGUCGCGGCGCCAGUACCGCGAAAAGGUGAAGCAAGUGGAGGAGUACAUGGCGUACAGGAAGUUGCCGCGCGAGAUGCGGCAACGCAUCACCGAAUACUUCGAGCAUCGGUACCAGGGCAAGUUCUUCGACGAGGAGGUCAUUCUGGGCGAGCUGUCGGAGAAGUUGCGCGAGGACGUGAUCAACUACAAUUGCAGGUCACUGGUGGCUUCGGUGCCGUUCUUUGCCAAUGCGGACUCCAACUUCGUCUCGGACGUCGUCACCAAGCUGAAAUAUGAAGUCUUCCAACCAGGUGAUAUAAUCAUAAAGGAGGGCACGAUAGGAUCGAAAAUGUACUUCAUCCAGGAGGGUAUUGUGGACAUUGUGAUGGCUAAUGGAGAGGUGGCGACCAGCCUCAGCGACGGCUCUUACUUCGGCGAGAUUUGUCUCCUUACGAAUGCACGACGCGUGGCGUCGGUGCGCGCCGAAACCUACUGCAACCUGUUCUCAUUGUCCGUCGAUCACUUCAACGCCGUCCUAGACCAGUACCCGCUCAUGCGCCGAACCAUGGAGUCGGUCGCAGCGGAGAGGUUGAACAAGAUCGGCAAGAACCCGAACCUGCUGGCCCAUCGUGAAGAGGACCUGGGCAGCGAGAGUAAAACGAUAAACGCGGUGGUGAACGCCCUUGCGGCAGAAGCGGACCAUGUUAAUAUGAGCGACGAAUCGGUCGCGAGACUCCAUUCAAGCGACCGCAGCCUGCAGGAACUAGGUAGCGAAAUCGUUUCGAUAGGACGAACGCUGCAGAAAUUGACGCUGCCCCGACCGAAAUCGGAGAACAAUUUCGCGUCGCAGGACAUGCCGCUGACGCGGGGCAGCGAGAACGGCAGGCCGUCGUUCCACAAGUCCGACACCUUUCACAAGGAGAGCGCGUUCCAAUGACGCCACUCCACGCACUAGUGCUCCGCACAGCUCACCGGGCUGCGAUUGUGCGGCGGCGUGCGGACGCUGACCGCGGCCGCUGCUGCCGUCGUCGAACUGCCGCCACCGCACAACCCCGAUCCGAGCCCAUAGGACUGCCGAAGAGUGCUGGUGCGUGCCCCCAAGCUUACACUACUACUACUACUGCGCUGUGUGUGUCUUGUUUUCAAGCAAUACGUGCUACGGACACUGAACAUGCUAGUUUGUGCAAUAUUAGGACUGUCGUUAAGUUUAGCUUUAAUUAUAUUAGGUGCUCAAUGAAUUCAAUUGAAAGCAUUCAGAGAAUCCUAGAGACGACACUCUAAAAUCAACCCGGUUCAUGGGACAUUGUUUCCUUUCUACAGACAGACGUACUCGGCCCAGCGGAUUAAUGAGCAUUCGAUAAAGCUUUUGAUUACGUCCCACUGUUCGACUAAUAAAUUAACGACGUGACUUUCACGUAAUAAUAUCGUUGGAAUGAUUUUCUUCAAUGUGAUUUCAACAAGUCCCUGGAUUUUAUGUUUUAUUUGAAGUUCUUUUCUAAUGCUCAUUAAUUCAUAAAAGACGUAAACGUAUAGGUUCGAGUAGUAAAUGGAUUUGCAAAGUAACCGUAUUUUCUGUAAAUACUAUUACAUUUAUAUGGAUCAACCUACAAUGUAACACAAAAAGUAUGAAGUUCUUAUAUUGAGGAAACUAGUUAAUUAAUUCAGUUUUUGACACAGAUAAGACUUUUGUACUGUGACUUUUUUUGAAUUCGCUAUAAUUCUUUAAUACGUUUUUACCGAUCGUAUAGCUUGAAGCAUUUUUUUAUCAAAGAAAAAGCAAUAAUUUUAUUUAUGAACAUGUGUUUUAAAGGAAAGUUUUAUUAAUCAUACUUUAGUUUACGUUUGGAAAUUUUUAAUACUUGUAUAAAUGCACUUUUUAAUAUAACCAUAUCAUUAAUCUUUACAAGUCAUUUCUUAAAACAAUUUACGCUAUUUUUUUUAUUAUUUAUCUUUGUAUAUAUCAAAUAGUCUAAUAUAAUUUAUUAUAGUUUUUAAUAAGCAUUCUGCAUAUAUUAAAUUGAGUUGUAAAUAAAAAAAUAGAAUAGAAAAACUUCAUAGUCAAUAUAAAUACAAAUCAAAUUUAAAGAUUUAAGUGAACAAAGAUUAUUUUUAUUGUAAUUAUAAAUAUGUAAUAUAUGUAUCCAUUUUAGAUAACCUGAAGAAGUGAUUUUGAAAGCUCACAGCAAUACAAUAACAAUUGCAUGAUUGUAAUUAUUACAGCAGAUUUGAAAAAUAAUCGCGUAAAAGAUGUUUGCUUGAAGUCUCUUUUAAAAUCACCUCAGGUAAUAUAAAACCAAGAACCGUGGUUAUAAAAGCACUCAGAAGAACACCUGUUUGCUAAAUAUGCAUAGAAUCCUGCAGGCCAGUAUAUUAGAAUAAAUCGUAGAAAGUGAUAGAGAAAAGCAGAUUGAUAGGCCUAAAGAAAUAAAAUAAUAAAAAAACAAAAACUCUCGACUAAAAUAUGAGUUUGCAGGACCAUUAGUAACUGCUAUGAAUGUCCACAUGAAUAGUAAAACAAUACAAAACAAACAUAAAUAUAAAGAUUGUCUCGAAUGAAUUGAAAGAAGUCCAAUUAGCUCUCUUGUGAUAAAAAAAAUUGAGUGUGAUGUAUAAAUAUCGAAUACUGAACGUUGUUUGGAAACUGGUUCAUAAUAUCUUAAUCUAAAUUUGAAUGUACAGACUCGAUGGAUUUUAUAUAACACAAGUGACAUAUUAAACAAAUAUAUCACUACAAUGGAGUCUGUAUAGGAUUCAUGUGGAUAUUAAAUUUGUAAUAUAUUUAACGAUAAAACAGAAGGAGACUCUACACUGUUAGCUGUGAUCUACAAUAUGGAUGUGUUAUCAUUAAAAAGGUCUACUUCUUGUUAAGUUGUUAUAUUUCUGACCCAUUUGGUUUGACAUAUUCUUUAGGUAAUUUUUUGAACAGCUAUUAUAUGCUUGCAAUAUUAUUGAUGGUAAGGAAUUAUAUUUAUUGUAAAUCAAAAAGGUGUAUUUAUGAAAAGCAAGUGCAGUAAUUUCCAAUAAAGGCAAAGGUGGACAAACAAUCCGUUUAAUCGUUAAAAUUUAUAAUAAUUGACGUAUAGCGCAACCUAAUAUUGGAAACAAUUACUAUUUUAUAAAUUGAUUAUAUUAAUGUCUUUGCUACUUUUUGGAAUUUUAUGCAUUUGGUUUUUAAUGUUUUAUUGAAAUUGUAUUGUUAUAUUGCAAUAAUUUUUUCUAAACGUAUGAUUAUGAAACCUAGUGAUAUAUUUGUUUUUACUAUUGUACAGUGAUUUUUUAAACAGUAGUUGACUGAAAUAUCAAUAAGAGUAUAUGUUGUUUUAGUUUAGUUGCAUCAGAAAAAUAGAUACUUUUCUUAUUUACUUACCUAUGUUAUUUAUUGAUAAUUGUAAGAAUAAAAAAAAAUCAUAUGUAAAGCAAACAAUAAUUUAAGAAUUUUCCUAAAAUGCACAAAAUCACAAAAAUUUCAUUAUAAUUAGUCAAACUCCAAUUCAUCUAUAUUAAAAUACAAUCCAUUAAUUUUCGUCGUUCAUUCAAGUACAGUUUGAAGUCGAGUAUUUAAUGUGCAGAAACGUAUGAUUUUUAUUACUCAUUAAAUUGAUGAUGCAACUUGUAGUGUAAGUAGAUGAUUAAACAAAAUAAUAUCAAUUAUAUCAUAAUUUAUGUUUUAAAUAGGUUUCACAAAUUCUUGCCAUGAUGAAAUCCUAGCCUAGACUGAAAAAAAAAUUAUAAAUAUGCUUUGUUACAAUAUGACAUGUAGAGUAAUAUAUGAAAUGUUUUAGUUGUAAAGAAAUAUAGUUAUAUACACUCUAGAAUUUAAAACUUGCAGUUCUAUAAAGUCUAUUAUUUUACCAAAAGUGCUCAUGCCUGUUAAGUAAAUUUAGAGUUACAAGCUGACUCAAUGUGAGAGAAGCUUUUUAAAAAUAAAAAAGGGUUAACUGUAUGCGCGCUCGAAUGUGGGCCCAAAGUACAUUCCAAAAAUGCAUUACUUUUAAAUUAUACACAACAUAGUUAUAUUUUAUGAUCGAAACUUCAAGAAUUUAUAGAACAUAAUCAAAUCAUCCAAUUGAUUUGACUGUGUUCGUAAUAAAUACAUAAAUGCCUGUAUGUCAAUUGAUUACCUACAUUUCAAAAAAAAAAAAACUGAAUUUAUAGUGAUGCAGUGUUUUUAUUUACAAUGAUCAUUUUGAAGCAAUGUUUAUUCACGAUGUUUUGUAGAAAAGGGGUCAUAAUACAAGGUCUUCAUUCAUAGUUGGAGUUGAGCCCUUUUCUAACAUUUACACUUUUAUUAUGGUCAUAUGGAAAUUAUACCACAUUAGGUACCCCUACUAUAAUAAAAAAAAUGUAAAUAACGUAGAAAAGUGCCUCUUUUCAAUUGCGCAUUGCUACUCUCUUGGUCAACUAUUAGAAUAAUCUUGUUUUGUUUAAAUGUUUUACUGUUGUUAAAAUCUUUGGUUUUUAAUUGAAAAAUAAAGCUGCAUUUUUACAGUUGA